AUGUCCCCCGGCGUGAGCUGGUUUGGGAACUGGGGACCCCCAGACCGACAGGCGGGCGAUGCCCUGGAGGCUGGAUGUGCCCCCAUCCCACAGAACGCCCUGGUUUUGGGGUACAGGCGAUGCCCUGGGGGCUGGAUGUGUCCCUGCCUCACAGAAAGCCCUGAUUUUGGGGUGCAGGCGAUGCUUUGGGGGCUGGAUGUGCCCCUGCCCCACAGAAAGCCCCGGUUUUGGGUGAGUGCCGCCGCCGCCGAGGGCCGGGCCGGGGGUUGCGGGGGCGGUGGCCCCGGGGGAGGCGGCCGAGGGCCCGCGGGGCUGGGCCCGCUCCGGAGGGAGAGGGAGAGGCCGCGGCCUGCGGGGAGAGAGCCGGGGAAGGGCAGCGACCCACACACACCUGAUGAACGUCUCAAGGUGGCAGUGAGAGAUGUCCACUUGGUGACCAAGCAGAAGGUCCACCUCAAUGUCAACAGAGGAUGUCUUCGCCUUCCUGGCUUUGCUGCCAUCCACAACAGAAAGGGGAUGACAUCUGCCAGGCCUGGGGCUGCUCCCUCUGAGGGAACCGUGUCUGGAGAAAAAGUAAAGAAGAAAGAGGUUGAUCUAUUUCUUCCUCUGAAAGCAUUGUUUAUGGUUGCUGAGCACUAUCCAACGACUGCAGCGCUUCACCCCGGGGGCGGCAGCGUGGUAGCGGUGGGUGAUGUAAUUCCUGCGUGCAUCUCUCCAGGUCGUACCAGACAGACUGUGUCUAAUGCCAUCUCUGAGCGAAAACGCACUAGCGACCCACACACACCUGAUGAACGUCUCAAGGUGGCAGUGAGAGAUGUCCACUUGGUGACCAAGCAGAAGGUCCACCUCAAUGUCAACAGAGGAUGUCUUCGCCUUCCUGGCUUUGCUGCCAUCCACAACAGAAAGGGGAUGACAUCUGCCAGGCCUGGGGCUGCUCCCUCUGAGGGAACCGUGUCUGGAGAAAAAGUAAAGAAGAAAGAGGUUGAUCUAUUUCUUCCUCUGAAAGCAUUGUUUAUGGUUGCUGAGCACUAUCCAACGACUGCAGCGCUUCACCCCGGGGGCGGCAGCGUGGUAGCGGUGGGUGAUGUAAUUCCUGCGUGCAUCUCUCCAGGUCGUACCAGACAGACUGUGUCUAAUGCCAUCUCUGAGCGAAAACGCACUGUUUCUGAACAUUACCUUACAGCACAACUAGCUUGUGCUGAAGAAUCGAGAGCAAGAGAAUGUACUUUCCGAUUCCCUAGCACGGUUAUAAAGAUCCAGUUCACAUCUUUAUACCAUAAAGAGGAAGUAAAAGAGGAAGCCUCAUCGCCUCCCCUCCGGCCACUUUACCCUCAAAUCUCGCCUCUGAAGAUCCACAUCCCGGAGCCGGAUCUCCGGAGCGUGGUCAGUCCCCUCCCGUCCCCCACAGGCACUAUCAGUGUUCCCAACUCUUGCCCGGCCAGUCCACGUGGUGCUGGAUCCUCAGGAUAUCGUUUUGUUCACAACAUUACCUCGGAUCUGCAGCUGGCAGCAGAGUAUGCUGCAAAAGCAGCAUCAGAACAGCAGGCAGAUGCAUCUGGCGGGGACAGCCCAAAGGAUGAGUCCAAGCCACCCUAUUCUUAUGCUCAGCUCAUUGUGCAGGCUAUAUCUUCGGCACAGGACAGGCAAUUAACACUAAGUGGGAUCUAUGCCCACAUUACCAAGCAUUAUCCGUAUUACAGGACUGCUGACAAAGGCUGGCAGAAUUCCAUUCGGCACAACCUCUCCUUGAACCGUUACUUUAUUAAAGUCCCACGCUCCCAGGAGGAGCCUGGAAAGGGCUCCUUUUGGCGAAUUGACCCUGCUUCUGAAGCCAAACUAGUAGAGCAAGCAUUUAGAAAACGAAGGCAAAGAGGAGUGUCCUGCUUCCGAACACCUUUUGGGCCUCUCUCCUCCAGGAGUGCUCCUGCCUCCCCUACUCACCCUGGCCUGCUGUCCCCUCACUCUAGUGGCCUACAGACUCCAGAGUGCCUGUCGCGGGAGGGCUCACCCAUUCCACAUGAUCACGACUUUGGGUCAAAAUUAGCUUCAGUUCCAGAGUAUCGGUAUUCACAGAGUGCACCUGGAUCUCCAGUCAGUGCCCAGCCAGUGAUUAUGGCUGUUCCUCCCCGACCAUCUACUCUGGUGGCCAAACCAGUCGCGUACAUGCCAGCAUCAAUAGUGACUUCUCAACAGCCCUCAUGUCAUGCAAUUCAUGUAGUUCAACAAGCUCCCACUGUUACAAUGGUCCGAGUUGUGACCUCCUCUGCAAACUCUGCAAACGGAUACAUCCUCACCAACCAGGGCACAGCAGGAGGACCUCACGAAGCUGCAGGAGCAGUCUUGGAUUUAGCUGGUGACCACCGAGGCAUGGAUGAAAAGCCAACGAUCGCGUUUGCCACGAUACCGACAGCCAGCCGUGUUAUUCAGACAGUGGCCAGUCAGAUGGCACAGGGGGUUCCAGGCCAGACAGUCACCAUCCUUCAGCAGGCAGCUCCGGUGACCAUCGGACAACACCAGCUCCCGGUGCGCGCCGUCACCCAGAAUGGGAAACACGCCGUGCCCACCAACAGCAUCGCCGGCAGCGCUUACGCUCUUACAAAUCCAUUGCAGCUUCUUGCAGCCCAGGCCAGCUCGUCCACUCCUGUUGUCGUCAGCCGGGUGUGUGAGACGGGGACCGAAGAGCCAGCAGCAGCCUCUUCCAGUGAACCUGAAGUCAAAAGACCCCGGAUAGAGGAGUCCAGUGGAGCGGUUCCAGCCCAAACUGGAGUCAUCACGUCUACGAUGCCACAAGGACAGGCAACCAGUGAAUGAAGAACCAGUGGGAGGAGCUGGAGUGAUGUGGGGUGGGCAUGGGAUGGCAGGAGCCCUAAAGCAGCUUUCAAAGAAAACAAACCACAACUGUAACAGCUCAAAACAUAGCGGAUAAAGAACUCUCUUUAAAGUCAGAUUUUUAAAUGGGAGGUCAACAGCUGAUAGAAUCACAAGGUGCCAAAAAGAAUGGAAAACCCCUCCCAAGAACCCAUACCUGGAACUCUGUUCUGUCUUUACCUAUGGGAUGUUUUUUCCUUUUUUUUUUUUUUUUUUUUUUAAAAAAAAAAAGAUUCAAAAAAAUACAGACAACUGAUUGUAUGACUGCUGGGAUAUUUUUAACUGUCUCUUCCCCUUUUGGCUCCAAGGGGAUGGGAUUUGCAGUUCAGCAUCUAAAGGAAUGUAACACAAAUACAGUCUGCUCCCUGGAAAGAAAACUCAUUUUCUAUGCCUUAAUACUGUCCUCCUCAGAGCUUUGAACCAUAGGACCAUUUUAAAAAGGCCACUUAAGGCAAUCAAAUGCUGAAAGAUGGGUGCAGUCUCUCACAACAACAGCAUUAAAGAAACAUGGUACCAAGCUUAAAGAAAAAGGCAAAUGAUUUUGUUUUUCUUUUUUUUAAAUAGAAAAAUUCUGAAUAUAAACAAAUGUUUAUUUAUGUGGGGAUUCAGGAGGAAGAGUUACAGGACUCAACCACCUGGAUUUCCAGAUGCAAUUUCUCUCCAUUCCCUCUGAGGGAGAAUAAGAUGACAGAGGAACGGUAUUAAUUUGGUUCCUGUAAAGAUAUUAAAAACAAAGGGUUUUGUACCUUCAGUGAUUUCUUACAAUUAUUCAUCACUUGCUCUGGACAACAGCCAAAGUAUCUCGAUGACUGAGGAUCACGUGGGGAAGGGUGUCUCCAAAAGGUUCUGUGUGCAUUUGAGGGAUCACAUCCUGUGCUGGAGCACCGGGUUUUGUUCAAAAUAGCACUGCAGGUGGAGAUACCGCCGCUGUCUCUGUGAACUUGAGGAAAUAUUGGUUGGUGUCGUGCACUAAAGCAGUCUGGCUUCACCUCUGGUUGGUGGUGUGGCCCUCAACUAGAUGGACGAUGGUCAGGAGGCCAGGGCCUGGGAGAUGUCUCUUAAUGACCCUCUGCCAUGGCUCUGGUGUCAUUCUUCUGAGGGGAGUUGAGAGCUGGGUGAGAGGCAGCAGAGUUCAUGCCAUGUUUAAUACAAAUUCUAUAGGGGUGUAGAGACCAAGGCAAAAAAGGCCAUUUAUUUCCUAUUUGGCAGAAGUCACUGCAAGUUUUAAACAGGUUUUCUGAACGGAAUUUGGAGGUUUCCUUUCAUUGCCUGGCUCCCUCUCCCAUCUCACCUCCCUUUUGAGGACCAUUUGGGUUGGCCUUUAUUCUAUCUGUAUUCUGGGCUCUUUGUGUAAGAGUUCUGUGUCCCAGUAACACAGAUUUGAGUCACUUCAGCCAUGUGGAGCAGUGGGGAGGUGUGACAUCUUAUGACUGAUAAAGAAGCCAUCUCCUGUGUAGCCUCCAGCUAAGCCCUCUGGUUUUAUGCCUGUUUGCAGUCCCCUUGGCUAACGUGUCUUCUGGCAGCACAGCAGACGUCUUUUAAUUUAGGAAAUGUCAUUAAGGUUUUGGUGAUGGCAAAAAGGACUCCAGAGGGGUGGGAUGUGUUUUUGGUAGGUUAUCCCUGCCUGUGCUGAUUUAUUGUCAGGUUUCUGCCUUGUACAGCCUGACAGCGCUACCGUGGAGCAGAGACAAACCCACUGCAUAAACGUGUUGCAAAAAGAUUUCCCCUCUGUGCAGUAAAUGAUCCUGUCAGGGCAUCCAUGGGGAUUAGGGGGUAAGGAACAACCAUUCAAUGUCUGCUGGAAUUUGGGGAGGGGGAGAAAGUCAGCAAGGUAACAGCUGGCAUCACUGGUUCCCUUCUAGGUUUCCUUUUUGUUCCCUUCUAGGUUUUCUUUCUCUUUGCCAAAUCCUAUUCAAUAGCCACAGUCCCACCACUUGAGUAAAACCCAGCUGUGUUUUAUUCUCAAGCCGAUUGUUUUGUGAGAAAUAUUUCUGAAAGGAGGAAAGAAUUUCUUGGUCUCGUGAUUUGAGGUUACAUCCUGCAGUUAGAGGCACACGAAGUAUUCGGGACAGGGCAUUUUUCUACAGCUCAGUUUUCAUAAUUUAGGUGUGUCCCUUUGGCGACAAGUUAUUAGAUGGGAUUUUAGUACUUGGAAAUGAAUUUUUGAGAAGGAGGAUUGUUACAGACCACAAAGUAAUUGAAGCAGGCCAACCUCCAGCUGUCCCUUUUCCUGCUGGGAAGGGUAGGUGCGGCACAGCGGAAAAGCACUCGGAUUAGCUCUGUUUUCUGUAGCCUUUUCAAAGCCAGAAUUCAACGAAAUGGACAUCAAGGAAGAAGGCACAAGUGAGAGCGGGGCUAGUUUAUGUGAGUCACUGCUUUCAGGUGACUGCUGGUGUUGAUACAGGCACACCUCUGAAAGCCCUGAGGCCACAGAGCUUUCUGAAGCAGAGGAGUCUUUAGGUUUCCAGAAGGUGGGGUGAGUCAGCGCAAGGUGAGCAACCAACUGAAUAUUGUUCAGGAUGCGAAGCUGCCAAAGUUUUGUGGAUUUUGCUUCACUGCUGCUUUUCUCUUGGAAAAUCUCAAUAAUUAGGCCCUAAAUUUCUGCAAACUAGUCCAGCACCGUAGAAAUACAUCAGCUGAAUGACAGUGUUUUCAUCCAUCAGUUCCUGCUUUAGAGAUACCUCUUGAAAGUCCAUCCUCGGGUCGUGUGUAUAGAUCUGCCUCCUCAGUAUUUAGAACAGAGUAACGCUUUCUCACUCUUCCUUUUGUGCCUCACAGCACCUGCUGGUUAAAAUGCGAGUUGAGGAUAAGCAGAUACCUUUUUUUUCUGGUCACCCAUUCUGCUUGAGGUGUCUGGAACUUGUUGGUUCAUCCCAUCAGGGGAUUUUUGCUUUAUCAGUCUGCUGCAUCCCCCUACUUCUGUAGGAAGCAGCCAUGCCGCUUGAAUUUAUGUUCUUUUUCAGGUUUGCCUAUAUUAUUGCCUGAUACGAGGUAAAAUAACAUCUCUUACUAAAUCCUGAGAGCUAUGGAAAAAUGUGGUCCUCUCCUGGAACACACGAGAUGGGGACAUCCUGUUUCAGGCCUCCAGAUUAAAUCUUCCAACACGCUGCUUGCUCCAAAGACAGCACUGCUCUCUGUACACCAGUCCUGAUUCCCCAGGCUUUCCCCUUUGAGCACUGCAGAGGAAUGAAAAUUCAUGUGAUGGUAGAAUUAAACCUUCAACUAGAAACAAAAUAUUACCUUAAUGGUUAUAUGCAGUACUCGGAUUAUUUUUUAAUUGAUCGCCUACCUUGUUUUUAUUGUCUAGAAAGUUGCAUCUCAUGUCCUUAAUUAGUUAUAUUAACUGAGGGAGGUUUGAGGGGGAGUGGGAUGCUUCACUGCCUCUUCUGCUGGCUGUAUAACAAAGGUCAAGGCAUGUUGAAUAUUUAACCUGCUAUAACUUAGACCUGGGAAAACUUUAAAACUGAGCUCUUAAUGCGUGAAUACACUUUUCACCAUUCUCUGUUGAUUUAUUUCUUUUGUCUUAGGCAAUGACAAAGAUUAAUUUCACUUUGAUUGCAGUCAGUUCAUAGCAACUUUUGUUGCCUCAGUUUGCAAAAGCUCAAUGCAGUUGUUCUUAGUUUUAUUCCGCUGGAAUUUCUUAGUUAUUCUUUUUUCUUGACCUUGGCUCUUGUGUUACAGGAAGCGUUUUUACAGUGAGAUCAAUUUAAUCUGAUUUAGUGAUAACACAGCGCUGAGCAUAGAAUUGAAGUUCAUGAUUAGCUCAUAUAUUAUUUUUUUUCAACUCCUUUUUCUUCCCAUAUCCCUCCCUCCCCCACACCAUUAACGCUGGCCCCUCUAGUGUCAUAUCCAGCCAUUUGUAUCCACUGAUGGAGGCAGCACCUUGCACUGAGCUCUGCCCAGGGAGUCGAGGAUGAAGAUACCAGUGGGGCUCCAGAGCAGGUUGAAAAGGUCAAUUUAGUCACCCUGUAUUUCAUUUUCAUGCUGGGUUUUAGAUGUGUUACUGUUGGGCACAGUUUGUUCAGGGCUGUGUUGUCAGAGACGUAUUAAGGCUUUGUAAGAGGAAAUAAAUAGUUCAAUAACAGCUGAAGCCUUUACAGUGUCUCUGCAACCAAUGCCAUGGUCUGGCUUCAAGUUUGGGGAGGAGUAAACCUGGUUUUGCAUGUUUCAGACAUGUGUCUUGUGUACUGACUUAGAACUGUCAUGCAGAAUUAAUUUCCACAUUUUUUUCUCCUUUUUCAGUAGGGAAAUGCCAGCAGUAACGUAAAACUUGAAGCACAGAAAAUUAGGGACCUGUAUCUGAGCAACUGAGAGCACCUGGAGCUUUCAUAGAGUGUGCUGUGGAACAUUUCACUGACUGCUGGGGAUGUUAAACUGAUCUGAGAGCUUUUCAUCUGUCUUAACAAAGGGGUUUCCCGGUGAGAUAUUUGGUAUCGUUCUGCUGUGUGCUGGUGUAUUAACAAAUGUCAAAAUGUAAGGUGAAAGGAGAACCGUUUCCCUGCUGUGCCAAGGUUUGGGGGUCUCAGGUGGCCAGGAUUUAAUCUAGCAAUAGUUCUGUACAGCUGUCUACCUUUCUACAGAGGAUCCAAAAGCUGUUUCUUCAAAUGUAUUGAAUACAAGGACUAAAUUACAGCUGUUUGAUUGUUCCUUCUUUGUUUUUGUGGUUUAAACUAUGAUUUAUAAAUUAUAAUUUAUCACUAUGAUAAACAUAGAUGACAUAAAACUGCAUUACUAGGGAAGAUCAAAUCUCUAUUUGCUGUCUUUGCCAUUGGACAGUUGUAGCUGUUUAGAAAUGUAGAAUAACUUGGGUUGGAAGAAACCUUCUGAGGUCUCUGCUCUAACCUCCUACUGAGAGCAGAUCCAACUAGAUCACGUUGCUGUGACUUUGUCCAGUGGAGACUUGAAUGUCUCCAGAGGUAGAGGUUCCAAGACUCUGGUCCCUGGUCCAUUCUGACCACCCAUGAGAUGAAAACUUUAUCUCAGCAAUCUAAAAAGUAUUUCUCAUGCAGCUGCAUGUGUUCAUUGCCUCUUGUCCUGUCAUGUCACACCUCUGAGAGGAGCCUAGCUCUGCCUUCUCUGUCUUCCACAUAGGUAGUUGAGGAGACCAGUAAGACUUUUCCCCAUUUGCUUCUUUUUCUUAAGGCUGAACCGACCUGAUGGUCUUGGUCUCUUCUUGUACAUCACGUGCUCAAGCCCCCAGGGCUUCAGGUGGAAUUGCUGCAGAAGGUCCCUCUGUGUCUCGUGCUGGGGAGCCCAAAAUUGAAGACAACAUAGUGCAGAUAGAUCUGGCAAAUGCUGGAUGGAGUGGAAGAAUCACUUUCCUUGAGCUGCUGGCUGUACUUUUGCAAGUAGAGCCCAGUACCUGUGCGGUCUCUUUUGCUGCAAGACACGCUGCUGGUGUAAGAAACUAGAGCAAAGAUCUAGUUCACUAGCAAAGUUCUAGUUCACCAGCAAAGUGAACUAGACACUCUGGAUUGCAUUUGUGUGUAUGCAACCAUCUUGUCCCCUCCUUCCAAGGAAGUGUGCCAGACUGGGGCUCGUAGCUUUUUGAACAGGAGGCAGUUCUGGAUGACCCUCGUUACUGUUAAAAAUAUCUCUGCUUUACCUUAUCAAAUGAUAGUUUCAGUGCAAUGUGGAAUUCACCUUGAGUUUCUACCUUGAUGCAAAAAAUCUUUCAGGUUUUUUUAAUCCUGCUGCUAAUAAGUUGGACUUGGGCAUUAGGAGUGAACCUCCAAAGGAACACGACUUGCUUCAUCAUUUUGCCCUGGCUGCUCCCUGAGCUCUUCAGUUUGCAAAUGCCAUCCUGCAGUGAAUGAUCCGUCUUUCCUUGCCAGCCAGUCUCUUGGGCAGCUCCUGUUUCUGCUCCCCAUCAUGGUUUUGCCCUCUGUAGCUGUUUCUGUCAACUCCAGAGGCCUUUAAUGCAGCUCCUAAUUUAAUGCCGUUGCUCGAAGGUCUGCAUCUGGUGAGAAUCUGGCUGGUAGCUUGCAGUUACACAACAGAUUGCUCAGUCACGUAACUUUUUGUUUCUUUCUGAGUGAAAAAAUUACACCAAAGCUGCUAGUACUUUAGCAUACACUACUCUUGUAAAGUGUAGCUUACCAUGGAGCCAGCUGUGCUGGGGAAACCAGUUACACUACAAGGUCAACUGGAUUGCAGGAACUGGUGGGAUUGGGAAGCAGUGCCUCCUUGCAUUUUGCUCUUGACCCGAGCAAAAGGUGGCUGUGACUUCAUGCUGGAGCUCGAUUAGUUAGAUCAGCAUCUCCCUGUCUGCUGGGUGGGUUAUUUGCAGGACGGUGCACGUGUGUGUGCCCAGUGUACUCCUAAAAUAACCAGUGGGAAACAUCUCUCCAUGAUGUUGGGCUUUGUCUCUCACAGGGCAGUCACACCACAGCAAGCAUUUUACUUUGGGCUGAGCAAGACAUUUGGAAAAAUAACUUGGUUUUCUUGGAGCGCUAUGGUUAAAUUCCAAAUUUUUAAUCAGCUUUUAAUCCUUCAUAUUUAUAAUGUUCAGA